AUGCCCAGCCCGGCGUUUGAUCCUCGCGAUUCGCCGGUGCGAGGCGCACGAGACAGGCGGAGGGACACCAGAGACAGGGAGAGGGAUCGCAGCGUGAGCGAGGAGGAGUCUACAGAAGAUGAAUCUACGGCGGAUGAGCGAGAGAAGGAAAAGGACCGGGAGCGCGAGCGGGACCGGGAGCGCGACAGAGACCGGGACCGGGUGAGGCAGCGUCGUCAUCGAGACAGCUUUGCGCCCCGCGACAGCGCGCCGCUGCCGCCACCGCCAGCGUCGCCGCCAAGUCGCCGCAUCAGCUUGACGGAGCGUAUCAAGGGGACGUUCUUGCGCAGGAGCUCAAACCCGGACGGCCGACCACCGUCCCCCACGGCGCGCCGCGGCUCCUCCUCCAACGCAGGCGGCAGCUCGUCUGGCAGCAAGAGCUCGCCCGUCUACCGGAUCCGCGACUGGCUGGACACGUGCAACAAUCAGCACGGGCGUCACUGCAACGGCGAGAGCGAGUCGUCCUCGACUCCCGGCACCUUUCGCCCGCAGUUCCUCAUCGACGCCGCCGACAAGUGCCUUGUGCGGGCGACGCCCGAGGACCGGUACGUGGCGCUGAGCUACGUCUGGGGGCCGACCCUGCGGCACAGCGGGCCGGACGCGCCGGUGCAGCUGCUCAAGAGCAACCUCGACGCGUGGCUGACGGCGCUGCCCGAGGACAACGUGCCGCGGACUAUUGUCGACGCCAUCUGGCUGGCGCGCAAGCUCGGCCUGCGGCACAUCUGGAUCGACCGCAUGUGCAUCGUACAGGACGACGAGGCCGUCAAGGAGGACCACAUCCGCCACAUGGCCUACGUCUUUGCCAACGCCUACCUGACCAUUGUCGCGGCCCACAACGACGUCAACACGGGCCUGCUGGCGCUGAACCCGCGCCGGAACAGUCGGCCGCCGCGCGUCGGUGGUCCGACGAACGUGGACCACAGCGAGCUGCUGCUGGCGUCGCGCUGGAACACUCGUGGCUGGACGCUGCAGGAGCUGCUGUACUCGCGCCGCGCCGUCUUCUUCUUCGAGGACACUGUGACGUGGGAGUGUCACUGCGACCUGUGGCAGGGGACCGGCGCCGGUGGUGGUGGCUUUGGGCGCGGCAGCUUGUGGAAGGGCAAGAAGCCCGAGUGCACCAACCGCAUCGCCUCGUCGGCCUUUGGCUUCCAGCACUCGCCGUGGCCGGACAUGGACGAGUACGCGCGCAUCGCGGCCGACUACAGCGCGCGGCGGGUGACGCAGGUCGACGACACGCUGCGGGCGUUUUCGGGCAUCACGACGGUGCUGGCGCGCGUCUUCCCCGGGGGCUUCAUCUACGGGAUGCCGCUCAUGUUUCUCGACAGCGCGCUACUGUGGCGCCCGCAGGCGUCGAUCCGGCGGCGCGCGCUGUCCCGCGCGCCGUUCCUGCCCUCCUGGUCGUGGAUGGGCUGGUGGUUCGACGGCAUCCGCGUUGACCUGACGCUGUGGAAGGCGGCCGCCGACUACGUGAAGGACACGCGGACCACGGGCAAGCGCGGCCAGCUCGUGCGGCGCUUCCAGUCGCCGAGCGCGUUCCAGAUCCGGCCGACGGUCGUGUGGCGCCUCAGCGACCGCCGGAGCGACGUGCCCGCGCCCAACGACGGCCUGCAGUUCCGCGAGCUGCGCUCCCGCCGCAACGCCGCGGCCGCGCUGCCGCCGGGCUGGUCCCGCAGCGGCGAGCACUUUGUGCACGACAGCGACGCCGACACCGUCUUCCGCUACCCGGUGCCCGUCGCGGACCCGCCCGAGGUCGGCGAGCACCCGCCGCCGCCGGGCGAGCUCGAGUAUCCCGGCCCGCUGCUGGCGUUCAAGACGACGGGCGGCAUCUUUGACGUGGACUUUUCGGUGACGCUGUCACCCAAGGACACCAUCAACCCGCCCGUGGCCGUGGGCAACAUUUGGGGCCGCGGACGCAAGUGGAUCGGCGAAUUUCGCGCACACGACGGCUGGCUGGGCAUCCAGUCAUCGAAUUACGACGGCGACGAGAAGCUCGAGUUCAUCGCCAUCUCGUCGGUUACGGAGCGCUGGGGGUCGCUCGUGUUCCCGCCGGACCGGUACGAGGAGCAUGCGGUCUCGGAUCGCCUGGACGUGGUGAAUGUGCUGUGGAUCGAGAGGAUCGCAGGGGUGUGCUACAGAAGAGGUAUCGGCCAUGUCAUACAAAAGGCCUGGGAUGCGCACGCUGCGAAUGAGGUGGAGAUUCUACUUGGGUAA